CUCUGUCCGAGGGCGAAGAGGUCGGACUUCAGAGCCGCUGUAACUGUUGCGAACGCCACAUUCCACCGGAAAACGCUCUCCCGUGCGUGUGCGGAUUUUACGUUCAACGAGAUACUCCCCGAAGAAUCGAGGGAUUUUAGUUUUUUUUCUCCCCCCGAGUAAUCCAUAACCACUCCCCAACAUGUCUGACGACGAGGAGCAAUACUCGACGUCCGAAAAUCCGGAAUUCAUGAAGAGGCAAGAACAGAAGAGAAGCGAUCUCGAUGAACAGCUCAAAGAAUACAUCAUGGAGUGGCGGCAGCAGAGGGCCAAGGAGGAAGAAGAGCUCAAAGGCCUCAAAGAGAAACAGGCUAAACGCAAGGUGAGCCGCGCUGAAGAGGAGAAGAAAUUGGCCCAGAAGAAGAAGGAGGAAGAGGAGCGUCGCCAGCGUGAAAUUGAGGAGAAGAAACAGCGUGACAUAGAGGAGAAGAGAAGACGCCUGGAGGAAUCGGAGAAGAAGCGCCAGGCGAUGAUGCAGGCACUGAAGGACCAGAGCAAGAAAGGACCUAACUUCACCAUCACCAAGAAAGAUCUCUCUGGAAGCCUCUCCUCUGCACAAAUUGAGCGCAACAAGACGAAAGAACAACUCGAGGAGGAGAAGAAAAUUUCUCUCAGCAUUCGCAUCAAGCCAUUGGAAAUUGAGGGUCUCGCCAUUGAACGACUUCGCUCCAAGGCGGUGGAGCUGUGGGAUGCUAUUGUCAAGUUGGAGACUGAGAAGUACGAUCUUGAGGAACGCCAGAAACGUCAGGACUACGACUUGAAAGAAUUGAAGGAGAGGCAGAAGCAACAGCUCAGGCACAAGGCUCUGAAGAAGGGUCUUGAUCCCGAGGCCCUCACCGGAAAAUACCCACCUAAGAUCCAAGUCGCCUCAAAAUACGAGCGUCGUGUGGAUACCAGGUCCUACGAUGACAAGAAAAAACUAUUCGAGGGUGGUUAUGACACGCUUCUAGCUGAACUCCACGAGAAAACUUGGAAACAGAGAACAGAGCAAUUCAUGAAGCGAACUAAAACGAAGUUGCCCAAGUGGUUCGGCGAGCGACCAGGCAAAAAGAAGGAUGACCCCGAAUCACCGGAAGGUGAGGAAGAUGUGAAAGCAGCAGUUGAUGAUGACCUCGAGGAGCCAGCAUUCGAGGAAGAGGAGGAGGAGGCCGAGGAGGAGGAAGAGGAGGAAGAGGAAGAAGAAGAAGAGGAGGAAGAAGAGGAAGAAGAGGAGGAAGAAGAAGAGGAAGAAGAAGAGGAGGAAGAGGAAGAGGAAUAAUCCAAACCUACUAGAGAAAUAACACAACACGAAAAUCAUCGCGGAUCAUUCAUCAAUCAUCAGGCGAGCCAUUGAGCAUCAACAUGAUAUUUAUUUUCUCAAGCUGAUGUGCCCAGCACUCCAGCCGAUGAUGAAAAAAAAAAUCUCAAAAAUAUCUAGAGAGUAGACCUUAUUUAUUUCUUAUGUUCAAAGCAGAUAAACUCUAAAUUAUCAACUCAUGGAUUAUCCCUUUGAUUGAAUCACUUCCCUCUCUUGGCUAAUUUAACUAUCUCUUUUACUAUAAUUAUGUUCAUAAAACACAUUGCACAUUACACGUUAUUAAAAUAAAACGAUUUAUCGUA